AGGCUGAUCCUUCAGGCUUUGUUGAGGCAGGGAAGCCAUUUUGGGAUCUUGCAGCAGUGUGGAAUAACAAAUCCUGUCAACUUGCAAACUUCCCCUUUUGCAGACAGCUCCAGCUGGAAAUGAAAGGACAUGGGAUAUAGCAGCUCCUCCGUCUCGAGGAUAUGAGACACUGUGGCUUCGGGAACUUGGAAUUCUAGUAUGAUCUGAAUCCCUGAGAAUGGAUUAUUCCCAUCUUCAUACCUAUGCUCCUCCCCAAUGUCUGCCAGAAAACACUGGGUACACAUAUGCUCUAAGCUCCAGUUAUUCCUCGGCUGCACUGGACUUUGAGAAUUUACAUAAAUUGGACCCGGUCUUUGAUUCUCCUAGGAUGUCACGACGCAGUCUACGUUUAGCGACCACGCCGACUAGCUUUUCUGAAGCCCUCCACAAUGACAGUAUUGGCUCCAAUGUCUCUUUCUCUGGAAGCACUUCUCAUGACCGAUCAUUAAACAGGUCCAUUAGACAGCAGCAUAAUAGCAGCAGACAGUCUUCAGCCAGCAGCCGCAUUUCUGCGUCAAGGAAAGCAGAUUCAAAAGCAUCCCUACAACUCAGCUUCAGCACUCAUGCCAGCGAUGCCUCUAUGUUGUCCAACGUGUUGGACGAGUCUUCAAUACGGGAGCAGACGGAAGUUGGUCACUUAUGGGGUCUUGAUGAGGAUGAUCCAAAAGCUGGGGAUACUACAGUCAUUCAGUCCAAUGGUGAUGUUCUCACUGCAGAAACGCAGACGACCUUAAUAAACGGCUACACUUGCAAUGACUGUAGCAUGCUGUCUGAGAGGAGUAAUGUCCUCACAGCAUUGUCUGCUUCUCGCGUACUAGACUUGUCCACACACAGCACGGCUACAAAAAUAUACUCCCGCGAUAGAAGCCAGAAGCACAAGUCAAGAGAAUCUCCUUCCUACACCCACAAGGCACUGCUAGUGACCAGAAGUGCUGUCUCCACCCUGACAGCACUGCUUAUGAAACUCUUUCAUAUGAUAAUGCUGAAGCUUGGUUGUGUGCGGAAAGCUCACUCGAAUUUCUGUGGAAGUAUGAAUGUGACAGACUAUGAAACAGUGGACGGGCAUCUCCGUACAAAUGGAGAAUCUCUUUGUGAUGACUGUAAAGGGACGAAACAUCACGAAACACACACCAUUAUCCACACGCAAUCAUCACAGGCUAAAUGGGUGACUGGGACCUUGUGGCACAUCUUUUCUUACACAGGUUACUUUUUAAUGCAGGCGGUACGCAGUGUUGGAGCUGCCGGAUGGUUUGUAUCCAGGAAGGUGUUGUCGUUUCUUUGGUUGGCCAUUGUAUCACCAGGAAAGGCCGCGUCUGGAAUGUUUUGGUGGCUGGGCACAGGAUGGUACCAGCUUUCUACCCUGAUUUCCUUGUUAAAUGUCUUUUUCCUGACAAGAUGCCUUCCAAAGAUUUCCAGAAUGUUUCUUUUUCUGAUCCCCUUACUGCUGCUAUUGGGUCUGUGGUGGUGGGGCUUCGACGCCUUGCUUGCCAUGCUCUCCAUGUUCCGUGGAAUCGUAAUAAAUACAACACAAACAAAUGAAUAUCCUAUUCCCAGCCUGAAGCCAGCGUCUGAUAUUCACAUAUCCAGCCCUGAAAGAAAGGAGUCGGGUCUUCAGUUUGAUAGCCGAAUGAAGGAGCUGGAGAGGGUGUUUAGGGAUAUGGCUGACCACCAGAAUCAUCACGUGGAAGAUUACAACAAACUGAGACUUCUGGUUGGGGAUAUCCAACAACAGAUGGGAGAACUGAAUCACCAAGAUCGUAUGUCUGCGCUAAUCUCUUCUCUUCUCAAUGAACGUUUUGCCAAAAUGAAGAUGGGAUCACAGGAAAAAGCCACGGAAGAGGACCCCAUUAGUAGGAAUCAUGAAGCUCGCAUCUUACACUUAGAGGCACUACUUGGCAAGCUGUCAGAGGCCAUUGAGGAAGACCGGAAAAGAGCUCAGUUAAACAUUAGUGAUGAAAUAAAAGAUCAGAGUGUUUUGCGGAGAAGGGUUGACAGUCUAGCGCAAGAGUUUGAAGCAUACAAGGCAGCAUUUCUCAAAGAGCAGGCAGCAAAAUCUAGCUGUGAUCUAUCAGACUGCCUUCUUCAGAAGGUGGAUGCCAAGGUAAAAGAGUCCAUCCAAAUGAUGUUUGGCAGCCAAGCAAACCUACCAGAGUCCUUAUUGCAGUGGAUUUCCACCAACUAUGUGAGCAAUGAGGACUUCUCCGCCAGACUGCAAGAACUAGAGCUCCGGAUCCUGAAGAACAUCACACAGACAGUCUCUAUUACAAAGAAGAUGCCGACGCCAAAAGUGGUGGAAGGAGCUGUGAGUGGCGUGAUAUCUGGCAUUACAGAGGAGGAGGCUCAUGUUAUUGUAAACAAUGCAUUGAGGCUCUACUCUCAGGACCGCACUGGCAUGGUGGACUAUGCGUUGGAAUCUGGAGGUGGGAGUAUCCUGGGCACUCGUUGCUCUGAGACCUACGAAACAAAGACUGCACUGGUGAGCCUGUUUGGCGUUCCCUUGUGGUAUAUAUCUCAGUCUCCCAGAGUGGUUAUACAGCCCGACAUGUACCCUGGUAACUGCUGGGCAUUUAAAGGCACUCAAGGAUACCUGGUAGUGCGACUUUCAAUGCGGAUUCACCCAAGUGCAUUCUCACUGGAGCACAUUCCGAAGUCCCUGGCCCCCACUGGCAACAUCACGAGUGCUCCAAAAGAUUUUGCUGUAUAUGGCUUGGAAGAUGAGUAUCAGGAAGAUGGCGUCUUAUUAAUCCAGUCUGUCUAUAACGAAGAGGGAGAGCCUCUGCAGAUCUUCCCUGUGACGGAAGAAAAUAAGAAGGCUUUUCAAAUUGUGGAGUUGCGAAUUCUCUCUAAUUGGGGACAUACGGAUUACACCUGUGUCUAUCGCUUCCGAGCUCACGGAACACCUGUGAAAUAACCAGAUCACACUAUACACAAAUGUACAGUUUUUUUUUGUUUUUGUUUUUUUCAAAUUGUGUAAAUAUUGUAUACCUGGAACACUGGAAUAUAUCUGGAACAUACUGUAGGUAGGAGCAAUGUUCCCUACACCAUCCAUAUUCUCAAUGCCAAAAACCCAGGAACACUUUGUCAUAAAAUAAAACGUACUGCCAGCCAAACCAAUCUGAUGUGCACUUAGCAGGUGACAGUAUGUUCUGAGACUCUUUCUCCAAGCUCAACAAAAUGCUGCAUGCAGAUCACUCAGGACUGAAAGGCCGGUUAGCAGGAGACCAGCACACCUUUGUAUAUGGGAACCUAUUGAAGAAGUUAUGUCUGCUGCCGAACUGCAGCUGCACUGAGGGCAGACCUGCACAAUGUAACCCAAAUGACUGCAGUAGGUCCCGCUUAGGCUCUUUCUGAAUUAAUGAUCUGUCAUUUAAAUAGCUGCAAGGAAGAUCGUACUUGAAUACAAGUCAUUGAGACAGCCAUUCUCAUCAGUCUUGUGUUGAGUGUAGCAGACAAGGCUCUAUUCGUCUCAAAGCAAGAGAUAAACUAUCUCUUUUAAAAGCAGUAUAUGAAUCACCAAAGCUUGUUGGAUGUCCUGUUUUAAUUUGGCUCCCCUCCCCCCAUUUUGGUAGAAAAAUAAAAUAUAUAAAAUUGCUAUUUAACUACUGUACUGCUGCUUGGGAUUUGGGGAAAUGAAGCAUGUACACGAUGUUCCCUGUAUUAGUCCAUACUGGCUUUUAUAUCUGCAGAAUGGUAACAAAAAUGCAAGUGGCUAAGCUACUAUAUCACUACUUAGUUUUGUUUGACCCAACCCUGCGUCAAGCCUGUAACAUGGUACUGAGACAUUUACUGGAAGAGCAUAAUGGAUAAGCUACUAAACUCUUCAACCCUGACAAGAUCUUCCCUCUUAUUUUCUUUACUGUAUGUGCAUAUCCUUCUGUAAAAAUGUUUUCCUUGUGAUCAUUGUAUUUUAUGUGUUGAAAGCUAGCCAAAAAAAAAACAAAUGGUAUAUUUUUAUGUAUAUAUUUAUAGAAAAUAUUUUAUAAAAUCAGAACCCCAUUUUUUUAGGUGCAUCCCAUAUGUCUAGUGCUUUGGCACCGAGAAGGUAAAUUCUUCUCUCUCCAAAAGCAGAAUGAACUCUAACUGGCUUCUAUAAUAGAGUUUAUAUGUAUAUUGCACAACAGUCCAAAAGCCUGAGAAUGCAAGUGAUAGCCUAUUUAUGAGAUGUACAGAAAUGGCAUAUUAUUAUUCAGAUACACUAUGUAAACCUGAACUGGGAGGGGAAUGUAAAGGGACUUUUUUUUUCCCCCCUCCUUUUCCUUUUUACCACUAAUUUAUUUUUAAAGAUGGAAUAUAGGAUUGUGCAAUGUAUUUUUGUAAAGGCUUUUCAAGCUGUUUGUUAUUCAGUAAGUGUUUUUGCUUUUGCUCUAUAUUGACAAAAUAUUGAAAUGUUUUAAAUAAAGAGUUUACUUUUUAAGUGCAUGUAAUAUUUGGACAGGUAAAUAAACAGUGUACUACUUUUCUGUA